GGGUUUCAGCGAGAUCUCAGCUCGAACCUCGACGUUCGACAGCCGUCUCCCGAUUUUUCUAGUUUUGUAUAUUUCGCAUUCGUUACGGGGUAAAUCUGCUAUUUUAACUUGACUUCCAGACGUGGGGAAGCAGCCGCUGUCCGAUGGCUACUGGUGACGAUGUUCUGCUUCCGGAGGAUAGCAGUCUCCAUGUUCUGUUGCAAUCGUUUGCAAUGAUAAUUGUCUCGGAGAUCGGUGACAAGACGUUCCUUAUUGCGGCAAUACUUGCAAUGCGACAUCCGCGAGCGGUGGUCUUUGCAGGCGCGUUUGGCUCUCUUGUAGUCAUGUCCAUCCUUUCUGCAGAGCUGGGAAAUAUCUUGCCAACUCUAUUACCCAAGCGCUGGACGCAAGCACUGGCAGCCGUUCUUUUUCUAGUCUUUGGAGUCAAGAUGUUGCAGGAAGGCCGGGAGAUGGCGGCGGGUAAUGACAAGAUUCAAGAAGAGAUGAAAGAGGCUGAGGAAGAGAUCGAGGGUGACGAAGCGGAACAUGACUCAAUACCACUAGAAGCGUUGGAGGAAGGAGUUGAAAGUAAUGGCCGUGCAGGACAUGCCAGAACCCGAUCGCAAUCGCGGGAUGCAACGAAGACAUUGGCAGAAGGUGCCAGAAAUUUCUUUAGUCUCCUUCUCGGGCCAGUCUUUGUUCAGGCUUUCGUUCUUACAUUCCUGGGAGAGUGGGGUGACCGAAGUCAAAUAGCUACCAUAGCUCUAGGCGCAGCACAUAACGUCUACAUAGUAGCAUUUGGCACCAUUGUGGGUCAUGCAUGUUGUACUGCGUUGGCAGUUAUCGGUGGACGCUGGGUUUCGACGAAAAUUUCCGUCAAACACGUGACCCUCGCGGGCAGUGCUUUAUUCCUGUUGUUUGGUGUGAUAUACUUGUAUGAGGCAUUCAUCUCCAUGGAUAUAGACACGACAGACUUUUCGUACGCUCCAUGAACACUAUACCCAUGAUUGAUGUGUACGCUAUUCCAGGAUAAUUCUUGCCUUGUGUCCCCGUGCAGAAGUCCGGGCAUAGACUAAUAUAGGAUUCUCUUUUGUAUUACAGCUUUCGCCAACAUUCAUUCACUACUUGUAGAGGUUCAUGCCAGGGAUUCCCAGACCCUAUUGGUUGCGUUGAUUAUUGCGAUUCUGUUGCCUAGUGUCGCAAAAUCUAAGGAAGAUUCAAAGCG